AUGUUCAAAUGCAUCUACCACUUGCAGCUGCACGCGACGUCAGGCACGGACUUUAUCCGCCAGCACGGUGGCGAUUUCGCGCCCGGUCGGCUGUCGAUCGCGCACCUGCAGAGCAUGGAUCCGCGCGAGUACGGCGCGUGGUGCGUCGCCAAGAAGAUCGACGUCAGCAACAACGGAAGCACGGCCAAGAUGCCCGAAGCCGUACCGUUCGCGGACAUGGCAGGCCUACGCGACGCCUGCUCCAACGUCGGACGGCUCGCGGCCGAUCUAGGCUCGCCAGUGCUUUGCGCAUUUGCUGCCCGACUCGCCUCGUUCAUGCGCGAACUGCCCGACAGUGGGGUGUACGGGAAGGCCCAAGUGACGGUCUUCAGUACGUGGAUCGACGACGCGUGCCGACAGCUCCACGACGAGCUCCGCGCACAGAUGUGUGGCGCGCAGCGCGCCAUCAACGUGAUCAGCGUCACGCACACGCCGCUGCUACGCUUCAACCAACAGCUCUCGGAGCGGGUGAUGGAGUCGCGGAUACUGCAGACAACCAACAAGCGGCAAGAAAGCGACGCGACCGGCACGCAGGCGAAGAAGGCCAAGGCGGGCGCAACUGCCAAAGUCAAGCGCCCGUGGUUUGAGCAUGUCCCGACGCACGACAGGAAGAAGAUUUUCCUCAAGAACCUCACCAAGCGAGGGUGCGUGAGCAACGCAGCAGGAGAGUGCUUCAACCCCAGCAACGUGCACCACGUGCCAGCGAUCAAGUUGCAUCCGCAUGUGCUCCAGCACAUCGAGCGCAUGGGCGGUCUGAAUGAACUGCACAACGCGCUCAAGAAGGCCGACCCCCUCGGGAAGGCAGCGGCGUCCAGCCCCUCGGCCGGACGCAGCCGCGCAGUCACGACGGCGAGCGGUAACCAGAACCAAGAUCACAAGUGGACCGUGAGCCAAGGCGUCGUCGAGCGGGCCGCCGAGGAAGACAACGCGACCACCGGCUCGCUCAUCGGCACACUCCUCCACUACGGAAUAGACCUGCACAACCUGAGGAAGGCGGGUCAAGACACGGAAGGCUACGGCAUAGACAUGGCGCUGGUCGAGGCACUCACGUCGCUCAUGCGGCGAAGCCGUUUGUCGAUCGCCGACAUGGCGCGCAUCGUUCGCGGCGAGUCGCUGCGCGACCCGCGACCAAACAAGGCGGUCGACCUAGCGACCAUCCGGAACCUCUUCGGCGGCUUCGAGCACCACGCGCUCCUCCAGGACAUGUGGACACGCGGCUUCAACCCGGCGUUCGACCAGCACGAGCCCUCCGAGCCCGUCGCGCCUCGUCGUCGCUACGGAGACCGACCCGAGCGCCGCGAGGCCAACCACAAGUCGGUGACCGACAAUCCUGAGGCGCGUCUCCAGCAAGCGUGCAACACCGUCAACAAGGGUACCUCUCGCCUCAACUGCGACGGCAUGCGCGCCGACGCCGAGUUCUUUGCAGUGCUCCUCGGCCGCGGGCGGCUGACCGGCAUCCCUACGACCAUGUUUGCGAACGUGCACCCACCAGACCUGCAUUUGUACAUGGACGCAUCGGACUACGGCUUGGCCGCCCUCGCAAGCCGGCGCAGCACGAGCACUAGUGCGACAGUGGCCGAGGCCGCGUUCUCCAUCAACGACUGGGCAGACCCGGACCGCGCCACACACGUGCGCGUAUGGCUGGACAACACGGCGGCAGUCGCAUGGACAAACUCGCUCAACAGUCCGAACGUGCUCGAGCAACCACCGUGUCGCGCGCUCGGUCUCGCCCUCGCCGAAACCGGCAUACAUAUCUCCGCCAAGCACCUGCCGGGCGCAGAGAACACGAUGGCCGACGCCGGGUCGCGCGAGUGGCAGUCCGAAAGCCACGCUGCAACCUGGUCGCCAUUUGCCGAUUCAUGGACCCGGACGCGCGUGCCGACGCACCUCCGGCACCCGACCACACGAGCCAAGUACGCAGUGAUCUGGAAGCACUACAACGAGUGGUGCACGACGAACGGCCGGCCCGUCUGCUUACCGACCGACCGACUCGUGCAGUCGCGGCAGCUUUUCCCGUUCGCCCGGCAUCUGCACGAGGCACGCAAGAACCGAGAGGCCACCAUCCGUUCCAAGAUCGGCGUGGUCAGCUGGUAUCAUCGCUGCGUCACCGGGUACGGCGUGGGCCUCGACGCCGGACACGCCACAGCUCUCGCCGGACUCGAGCGACUCGAGCCCACCCACCCCGGCCGAGAACCCGUCACAGCCGGCUUCCUCCAAGCUCAGCGAGCCAACAUCAACCUCUACAACGCCAAGGACCGCUCUAUCUGGGGGGCUACGGUCAUGGGCUUCUUCUACUUUAUGCGCUGCUCCGAGUACGCCGCAACGGCAGCGGGCACCCACCUCCGGCUCCGCGACGUGAGCUUUGCGGCAAACACGGGCGCCGUGCCACACAGCUACGCCGACGCAGUCUCGGUCACGAUAUUCUUUCGCUCCUCCAAGACGGAUCAAGCCGGCGCCGGGACCGCACGGACGCUGUACAAGUCGGGCAACCCCGAACUCUGUCCAGUCGGCGCCGCUUGGUUCCUGACACAGAACUGCAAACGCAUCGGCGCCGGCCCUGACGACCCGCUCUGCUGCUUUGCCGACACGAACGAUCGACGACACCACGUCAGCGGCGAGAUGGUAUCCAAGGCUCUCAAGUCCACGGCGCGAAGCCUCGGUCUCGACCCGGAGCGCUACUCGUCACACUCGCUACGCAGCGGCGGGGCAACUGCGCUGUUCCUCGGCGGGGCGACGGACCUCACUGUCCAGCAAUUCGGAUGCUGGAAGUCGGACGCGUACAAGGUCUGCACACGCAUCGACGUCAAGCAGCAGUCCACAUUCGCCGCCAUCAUGAUCAGCUCGCUCGCACCAAGCGCAACUCAGACGGGCACGGGCACGGGCGGUGGAACGAUCCACUACCAUUACCUCUACCACCCACGGGGGACCACCACCUCGCCACGCGAGCGACGCAAUACACUUUGA